GAGAGAACGAGAACGAGAGGGAAACAGGAGAGGACAGAUCGCCUCUGCGGCGCUGCAAGGACAGAGUGAACAUCUCUGGGACGCAGACCGACCAAAGCUCUCAACAAUCGCACUCUCUUCACCAUGACAACCGCACCAAUCGCUGCACUGGACUGACAGCUGUCAAUCGACAGGAGAAGAUUAUCAGGAUCACCUGCUACAGGAGAGAUUACAAGCUACUAUAAGGGACUUAAGCGGAGUAAUUCCAACUUAUGGUUGGUUAGAAGUUGCCAUCCAGAGGGAAAUUGGCCAUUUUUGAUCCCUCAACUGAACGCCUGCAUGCGUUCAAGUGCGCGUGUGCUUUAGGGGGAGUGUAUACGAGGGUCAGAGUCUUACUGGCUGUCACCCGUCAGUGCGGUGCCACUAUAAGCUUCAGUAGAGCCCGUUUUAGUGGGGUAGCUCUGUUUAUUUAGCAUAUUAGCCGCGAAAACCAUGAGUGAGGGCAAGAAGGAGUUAGAGAUGAGGGACAAAGCCAUCAUGCAUCAGCAGAGGAGACUGAAACAGGCCACCCAGUUCACGCACAAGGACUCUGCCGAUCUUCUGCCUCUGGAUGGGCUGAAGAGGCUGGGAACCUCCAAAGACCUGCAACCCCACAGCAUCGUCCAGCGCCGCCUCCUGGAGGGCAACAUUCCCCGUUUGCGUGGAGAGGCCCGGGACGUCCCGUCUCACGUCCGCUCGCCCCUGGCAGACAGCAAAGAGGGCGGCGAGCCGGAGGAGAGGAGCGAGAGCACGGUGGAUGACUCUACAGAGGAGAGGGAGUCUCCAGAGGAGAGCGAAAAGAGCCUGAGGUCUGACGAGGACGAGGAUGAUGAAGACGAAGGGGACAGCAGCGAUGCGGGCGGAAAGACGGAGCCCAAGCAGAAAAAUAAGACGGAAGAGGAGAGGAAGAAAGCCCUCAAAGAGGACGAGAGAGCAUCCAGCCUCUCAGCUCUAGUGGUCCAGUGUAAGUGCGGAGAUGCAGAAGUGAUGUUAUCCAUAAACACAGGGUGCCAAUACAACCACAUCUCUAAAACAUGCUGCAGACGACUUGGACUGAAAACCAACCUGGAAGACAAAGCUCAUGACAAGCUCCCGCUCAGUGCUUCCACGGUGGAGACAGUGAAGUCAAUGCACCUGCAGCUGGGCAGAGAAAGAGUGCAAUGCACAGCCCAGGUCAUAGAGGACGCCACAUUUGAGGUGCGUCUGGGUCUACAGACUCUGCUGGAUCUCAAAUGCUGUGUGGAUCUGAACUCUAGAGUGCUCCGACUCCACAGCACAGAGCAGGAGCUUCCCUUCCUGGAUCCACCUGCUUGCAGCCAGUGCCAUCACCAUGACAACAACAAAAACAUGUGACCUCGGACCUACGUGCCCAACAGCCGCCAUGACCGUACCCAUGUAAUCAGAGAGGAAGUCGCCAGAAGGACCAGAAGCCUGCAUCUGGACCGUAGUGUUCCCUUGUGCCAGAUCAACAUAGACAGGCCUCUCCUCUCUCAUCUUUCCUUCUUUAUUCUUCGUCGUUCGUUUCUGUGCUAUUACAGAAAUCUGCCAACUAUGAUUUUAUAUUAUUAUUUGCUGUGAUGAAUUAGUUUUGAUUAAACGUAAUAAAGCUCAGGAGGAGGAAGAUCGCGUUUUUGACAUUUUAAAAAUUGCCUUCACCGAAACGCGGGACACAGCUAACCCUUAAGAAAUUGAACGGUUUGAGUAAUAUUUCUCUAGCUGGUGAUUUUAAUUACAACUGAAGCAAAUUAUAUUCUUAUACAUAACGGAGAGUCUCCUAAACGAUCACUAAACCUGAUUUUAUACUUUUAAAAAAAUAACUAAUCGGAAAGUUUCUUUCGCAAAAACCUCCAAUUUAGCUAGAAAUCUCUCAUCCGAAACUGCCUUUUACUAACAAAGCCUGUGUUUUCAAACCUCAUUUCCCUUUAGAAAGCCAACUCUGCCCUCAAAUGAUAAGAACAACUUCAGCCAGUCCAAUCAAAUGUUAAUUGAGCCCUCGGGCUUCAAUCUCACUCGAUGACCCCCAAACCAAGCAAAACACUUCAUCUGCAUGAUUUUAUAGACUUGUGUUAUUCUGUUUUCGAGGUGUAGGACUGAGUAAAUGCAAUGACUGUCACCUGCAAGCGGUUUCUGCCGUUUCAGUUCUCUUCAUCUAGAGACCAUUUUUCCAGAAACCCUGUUCUGUUGUUGCUCAGUCUGUCCUCAUAAACAGAGACGUUUCUCCACCGCCCGCUCUUCGCUUAUUGCUCUGUUCGUUCGUUCAUGAAGCACAACUACGACCGUCUUAGUGCGGCCGAAAGCUCCCACCAAAAUGUCAGCCGAUGACCCAAAAGGGCAUCUAUGUCCCACGCAAACUCAUCCUAAACGGUGCGGAUAAUUAAAUAGUUGGCACACAAUGCUCAAUUACCCCAAUCAUCUGGCCUUUUAACACCGUGGACGACCUUUCAGUGAAGGACGUCCAUAGGAUUAGCUGGUUUUGUGUUCUUCUCUUUCUUUCUACGCUGUGUGAGGACCAACUGUAAGAAAAAAAAAAAAAAAAAAGAGUUUAUUUUUGGUGUUUUUUUUUUUUUGUUUCCUUUUCUCUGAACAGUAUUUUCUCUGCCUAAACAAAAUAAAUCUGUAUUCUGGCUA